AUGACUUUAAAUCUUAUUAGGAUAAUCUUGAUUGUCUCGCUGAUUUCCAAACCUGGCACAGCUGUAGAUGCAGGACUGAUGCCAUCUGGUGCAGUUCCACAGAAGAAGAGAUAAAAUUUACCCAGAGUGUGCCAUGCACUGGCUUUUCUGGGAAUGACAAGGUGCCAGGAUUUGUUUUUGGUUCAUUCGCGGGGGUGGAAACUUGGAACGAGGUUCCAAGAUGGUGCUGCAGCUCCCCAAGAAGAUGAAGGAAGCUGAAAGGGAAAACAGGGCACACCAUUUUGAUUCUGCUUCCUUUUAAAGAGCUUUCUCAGAAGCCCAACAACUUUUACUUACAUCUCAUUGGCCAGACUGUGUCAUAUCUGCGAGGUUGCAUGAGAAACGUAGUUUUUGUAGUUGGACAGAUGAUUGCCUUCAACACAAAAAUCUGAGGAAAUCUAAGGAAAAAAGAUGAUGGUGGAUCUUUGGGGAACAAACUAGCAGUCUGUGCCCUGGUUACAAAAUACAGUUGUCAAGGAGCAUAAUGAUUGAAACAGAUCAAAAUUGUAACUCCUUCACAACUAAUAGUACUCCAAGCAACACUGCUCUGCCCAGAGAGUGAGCAGAGUGAAGAUAUCCUAGGUUUUUUCUUGAAACACCUGCCAGAACUGGCUUUCGCAGUCAGCCGAUAUGCUUGCCCCACAUCAGGAUUUUCUAGAGGAGGACCCUGGGAACCUUACACUUCCUUGGAGGACAUAGUCUAUGGAAGUUUGGAACAGGAUAAAGAAGGCUGUACCUUGCCGCUUUCCCAUCUGCUUCAUGUAUCUCUAAUUUUCCUUAUAGAUUUUUGGUGGAGUUUAGUUUGUUUGAUCCCCAGAAAAGGAUCAUCCC